UAUUCAUUCAGAAGAAGACAAAGCUUGACGAUCGCGUCAGCCAGCAUAACUAUCACAAACUCAAUGGUCUAAUAUUUUUUGUGUUUAUUUAAACGAAGACAAAGCUUGUCCUUAAAACAUUCAUUGCAUUCAAGGCGGGUUGAGGGCGGAGAUAUCACAAGUAUAAAGUUCAAAUAAGAGCUACUUUGAGCGACACAUGCUUUAGUCCAACGUAUAUGGUCAGGUGUGUUUUGGACCAACGGAACGGUUUCUUGUUAGCAUUUAUACGAAGCUUUAUCGCCUUGCCUAUCUGGGUUGAAUCGUGUAUCUUUGUGGAGGAUUAUUAUCAAAUGUAACAUUAACUGCAAGUUAUUGCCUGUUGCUGUUGGUCAACAAAUAUAUUGAGUGGGAAUUACUUUUGGUUAAACAGCAAUCAAAAGCCGCAGGAAAGGUUCUUAUUCAGAAUGAGUUCGGUAGUUCGCGCUAAAGCUUUGUACAACAAUGAUUCGGAGGCAGACGACGAAUUGUCUUUCAAGAAAGGAGAUAUCGUGCAUGUUAUUGAAACUGAUUUCGAAGGAAUGUUGGGGUGGUGGUUGUGUUCACUUGGGGACAAACAGGGUGUAGCUCCUGGUAAUAGACUACAAUUAAUAUCCAUUGACGAUGAUGCAAUGGGACCUUAUGAUGCUCAUGGAAAUGCGUGGAAAGAGUCGUAUGGUGACGUUGACUAUGAUAUACCUAAAUCUUAUUCCCAAUCUGAACCUGAAGAUUAUGCGACACCUAAAUCCGACUCUCAAAGACAUGGAUUACUCUUACCCAGUCCUCAGGCUGUUAAUGCUGAGCGAAAUAGUAACACAUCCGAUGGAUUGGCGACAAAUGAAACUUAUGCUGCACCGUCUUUGCGCUAUAGCUCUGAGAGGUCUAGUGACGAGUUUCGAUUGUCCAGUGAAAUGUCCCACGGAAGUGGUUCUGAUGAAAUGUAUGAUGUACAGUCUCGUAAUUCCCUUGAGUCAGAUGAUGGUCAGCAACCCAAUCUACCACCCAAAUCAACAAAUACUUCAUAUAAUUCUCCAUCAAGUUCAAGAUACUCCAACCAGUCAGAUAGUCCGUACAGCUCAUUAAACAGCCACGAGUUAUAUGAUCGGUUGCCUGCCCACGAGUUAUAUGAUCGGUUGCCUGGCAACGAGUUAUAUGAUCGGUUGCCUGGCAACGAUUUAUAUGAUCGGUUGCCUGGCAACGACAUGCUGUAUGAUAAAUUACCUAAUCAUGAAACGUACAAUGAUGACACAAACCGAACUGUUUCCGUCAGCAGUCAAGAUUAUGUUAACAUGUCAAGUUCUUCCUUCAAUUCAACUAAAGAUCUUUACGAUGUACUACCAUCCACAUAUGGAGAGGAUUAUACAUUUCCUGAAAAACGUCAGCAGUUAGAGAACACAAAACGAACUAUUUCAGUUAGCAGUCAAGAUUAUGUUAACAUGUCCAGUCCUACUUUCAAUCCAACUCAAGAUAUUUACGAUGUACUACCGGCGGCUCACGAUGAAGUUGAUUCAUUCCCCGACAGGCGUUCGGCGCAACGGUUGGCGGAUGGCAACAAUAAUCCUACAGACGACAAAAAUGGAAUUUAUAGAGAGAUACACGAGAAAACAGAAUCGUACAACAGUUCUACUGGCGAGAAAAAAUCAGGAAGCCUAAAGUCAAACAAGAACUAUGAUAGUGACGAUUAUAUUGAUUAUCAGGAAAUUUAUGGAAUGGGCGAUAACAGUGAAAUAUCGAAGAAUAAUCAAGGUCAAAUGAAAGAGUCUGUUCUUGGAAAAAUUAACAUGGCAAAAGUACGCGAGCUACAAAUAUCACAUGGUUCAGCUCUUCAAAAACUUCAUAAAUUGCAACAAGCUGUGGAUGUUGCAGUUACGAAACUUUUGAGUUUUGUUACAGAUGACUGGAGACGUCCUGAAGUUUAUGCUUUGAACAUGAAUGGUAUCCGUGAUAUUUCUGGCAAAGUGAAAGUCGCUUUAAGACUAUUGACGGAGUUUGGAUUAAAUUCUUUGAAGAAUUCUCAAAAUCUAGGUGACGAAGAAACAUCAAAGAAGAUCGAAGGAAGCCUGACGCCAUUAUUAGAGUCAUAUUAUUCUAUCAAAAAUGCUAUACAGCAAUUGGAUGAAAGUAAUUGGAGAUCAGCGUAUCAGGAGACGUCUGAUGAUAAUUUGAAUACUAUAGUAAACCUUGCACGAUGUAUACCCAGUGGUGCUUAUUACCUUGGGGCAAUUGUUUCCAAUGUAGCAUCUAGAUUGUUUACGGAGAAAACAUCAGAUGGUAUUGUCAAGAAAGAAAUGAUACAAAAUAUUGUCAAGCAAAAAACUGUAUCCAACAGUCCCGAGAUGAGUAUUGUACACCCUGAUGCAACAUUCAUUGUUGCAACUAAAGACACAAGCUCAAAAACAGAGGUCAAGAACUCAAACACCACGCAUUCCCUUAAUGGUGCAGGCGCUUUUUCUAGUAGCACUCACAAUGAAAAUGUGUUAAAGGUUGCGAUGAAUAAAACCAGCUCAGAGCAUGUUGGAGAUGGAAUAGAAACACAACUUGUUUUACAGUCCAUCAAAAUUCCAACGCCUGUUCAAUCGAAGCCAAAAAGAGACAAAAAUAGAUCGGACAGUGGUUCAAAUACUUUAGUUGCUUCUUCUGUAUCUUGUCAAAAUCCUAGUACUUCAAACGAUGCAAGCACGGAAGCCCUAUCGCAGCAGGUGUCAGAACUUACCAAUAAUUUGCUUAAUCAAAUUGACACUGUCAAACCUUCCACGCACGGUUUUACGAGAAAAGGAAGCAAAAGACUUAGUCCGAAAACUGUGCGUAGAUUAUGUUCGAUAACCUUGAAAGAUGAUGAUAAAAUUGGUGAUAGAAUAUUUGAAAACAACGCUUCAAUUCCUCCUAAACCAUCCCGACAAAAUAGUUCUCCUGUAACUCCCACCAACUUUGACAACAAACGAUUAUCGCUUACGGGAACGAUGUCAGAUCCGAGUUUCACACACUCGAGAAUUUCAGACGAGAAUCGUUUACAAACUCUCGAGUCCUCAGUUGAAAAAAUGAACUGUGAAUUGAUCGUUUUGAAAGAAGCGAUAAGGGGUUUUGGUGAUAGCGUUCGCGAUCAUCAUAAACCAAAAGAUUUUGUUGCACACAGCAAGUUUAUUGUUCUCAGUGCACACAAGUUGGUGUUUAUUGGCGAUGGUGUGUCUCUAUGUUUGCAAGUUGACGAUGGUCGAGUAAUCUCUUCUCUGACUAAUACUCUUUGUGAAGUAAUCAACGCGUUUGUGGAGAGUAUUAAAAUAGCAGCACAACAUUAUCCAGAGGAGAAUGCGAUGAAUAAUAUGAUAAAAAAUGCGACAAAUGUCACAGAGAAAGCAUUGGGCUUGUAUAGUUCGAUAAAACGUCUAACUAGAAAUAACUGAUGUCCAUAAGUAAAAUGAAUGGAACUACUCCAACGUUAAUGUUGAUGUAUUUAGGUAAAUAUAGGAGUAUAUCUAACGAGGUUUGCUCAUAUCACUAACAUUGAAUUGUGUUAUUUUGAACCACAAUUCCAAAAUCGUUCAGUUCUAUAGUAAAUUGUUCAGUUGAUUCAAUAAUGUGGAUGACCAAAAUUUGAACCAUGCAAACUACAUGAACAAAUUUUCAAUAAUUUUUAGUCGAUAAUGUAUUAAUUAAAUAGACAGAUGUAGUUAACAAUGACAAUGUUAUAUCAAAGAAGUAGGUACUUAAAUGAUAAAUUUACCAAAA